CUAGCAAUCAAAGUGCUUAGUCAAACAACAUCUGCAUCAAAUUGUGAACGUAAUUGGAGCACAUUUAGCUAUAUUCACACCAAAGCAAGAAACAGAUUGAAGUUUGCAAGACUCCAGAAACUUGUAUAUACCUAUUAUAACAUGAGGUUGAGGAUGAGACAUCAAAAAAGAAUGAGCAUUGAUGAAAUAAAUAAUAGUUUUAAUCCUAUUAGCCUUGACCAUAUUUUUGAAGAUGAUGAUCCACUAACAGAAUGGUUGCAAGAGAAAGAAAAUCCUCUAUUAGAUGGUCAAAACUCUGAUUGGUUACCUGCAGAUAAUUCUGAUAAUGAAAUGAAUGUUGAACGAUCACGUCAAUCUCAAGAAAGGAAUGUAUCUCAUUCAAGUUCAAGUCCAACACCAAGUCAGAGUGAUGAUGGUGGUGGUUUAAGUCCAGAUGAUGAUGGUGAUGGAGAUGGUGAUGGUGAUGGUGCGAAUUUUGGUGAUAAUAUGGAUGCAAAUCGACCUUACAGCCCACUUAGAGGAGAAUUUGGGCUUGCUGCUACUGGUGGACUUUUUAUUAAUAUGGCAGAAUACGGAGGAAAUCCAUUUGCUGAAUCUAGUGAGGGUCAAAGUGCACGUACAGCUCGAUCAAAAAGAAAAGCAAAGAAGCACCACUAUGAAAUUUCUAGAGGUUCUUCAUCUUCAGGUGAGAGAUCAAAUUCUAGUAACUUUGAGUAUAGUGAAUCAUCUGCUAGUACUCAAAGACAUUACUAUCCACCAGAACAACAUAAUUUUCAACCUCCUCAUGGUUAUUCACCUCCAUAUGGUUAUUAUCCACCUCAAAUGUAUCCUCCACCUCCUCAAAUAUAUCCUCCACCUCAAAUGUAUCAGUUACCACAAAUGUACCCUCCACCACAAAUGUAUCAUCCUCAAAUAUAUCCUCCACCUCAAAUGUAUCAGUUACCACAAAUGUACCUUCCACCCCAAAUGUAUCAUCCUCAAAUAUAUCCUCCACCUCAAAUGUAUCAAGAACAAAGGUCUCAGGGAUGGAGAUGGAGUCAACUUGGCUCUCAAAGUGAAGAUAGAGAAUCUGAUCCUCCUCGUCAUUCUAUCAUGUGGUAAAUUUGAAAUAUGUAUCAAUAAUUGUAGUUGAUGGAAUUUGAAAUUAUUAUAUUUUUAAGUUUGUAAUUUUA